UGCAGCCUUCUGUGGGAAAUUUCCAUUGUUCCUCAAAGCAGAGACCCUACUGAUAGCCAUGUCGGAGACUGAAUCGGCGGCAGUGGCCGCGGCGCUGGACCCGGCGGCUACAGCGGAGCCGAAGCCUCGGCGGCUGCGGGGGCACAAGAAGGGCGCCGUCACCUGCUGCGUCGCCUCCUCCGCCCGCCCGGGCGUCGUCGCGUCCUCCGGCGAGGAUGGAUGUCUUUGCUGGUUUGAUCUGCGCACCAAAGAUGUACUUUUGACCAUGGAAGCAGCAAAUAAACCAAUUUCUUCAAUUUGCUUUAAACCAGGAAAUGAAGAUUGUGUGUAUAUCUCUGCUGGAAAUGAAAUAUUGUCCUUUGAUGUUCGUAUGGGAGCUCAAUCAAAGCCAUUAGAGACGUAUAACUACAAUAGAGAUGAAAUCAAUCAGAUUGCUGUCAGCUCUAAAGGUUUUCUCGCUGCUGCAGAUGAUAGUGGGGAUGUUAAGAUUGUCAAUACCAUUCAGAAGUGCCUGUAUAAAAGAUUAAGGGAAGCCCACACAAGUAUUUGCAGCAGCGUGCAAUUCAUUCCUUGGAGACCUUGGACAGCAAUUACUGGUGGCCUUGACUCAAAGCUCGUUGCAUGGGAUUUCUCCAAAGGACGAACACUGUUUUCUAUUGAUUAUGGAUCACCUGAAUUGCAAAAUGGCAAUUCUUCCGGUAGUGCAGGGCAAUGUUUCAACCCUGCUUUUGUUCAUUCAGUAGCAGUUUCUGAAGAGGGUAUUUUGGGAGGGCUCUACAAGGUUUGUGCUGUUGCAAGGGGGGAUGGUGCUGUUGAUGUGAUUGAUCUUGAGUAUGAACUGGCUCCUGCGAAAUCGAAGGGACCUCCUCGGGCAGCUAUUUCAAAAAAGAGUUCAAAAGGAGCUGAACUUGGAGAUGGGAGCUGUAAUCAAAGUCAAGCGAAAAGAAUCCAUCUUGACUACACGAUGGGUGGCCAUACCGCAGCUGUAUCUUGUGUAGCAUUUUCAGUAUUUGGUGAGAAGGGGAAGUUCCUCGUUUCUGGCGGCAAUGAUGCAUCAGUGAAGCUGUGGGAUUGGUCGAAAGGAUUUUCGUCUGAAACAAACAGCAAAGUUGAAUUGGUUUUGAAUAUUGAUGUAAAGAAAAAGGUAAAUUGGCUGUGUACUGCUCCAACUGAUUCAGAUAACUUGAUUGUGUGUGACACAUCCAAGGUGGUCAAAGUAUAUAAUUUCCGGUAGAUGGAUCAAGGUGUAGCCUCAGUUUGUCAGACAGCUAUCCGAGGGAGUGAAGAUUGUCUGACCGCUGGAACCAAUUUGGUCCUAACUCUGGUAUCCAGAUAUUACAAGCCUGGUGCUGAUAGCUCCUGAGUCGAGAAGUCAUUGGUUAGCAAUUCACAAUAUCAGUUAUGGCGUGGAACGGAUCUGAUAAAGUAUCGAUUAUUUUGUUACUGGCGGAUCUUAUUUUCUUCCGAUAUGUGUGUACAAUACAACUUCCACAGGCUGCUAGCUAGACUUAUCUUUUUGUUGUAUGGUGAAAUGAAUUUACGUGUUUGGAGAAAAGAAGGCUUGUUUGUGCUGGAAGACAUUAUCUUUUUUGUUUCUAUAUACUGUAGCUGUUAUUUCUCGAUAUGGUGCUACCUGUGGUAACCAAGAACCAAGGAAGAUGCGAACUCUUGUUGCGAACUAUUGUUGUACCCAUGGAAAUUGGAAACAGGAGGAAGAAGAGGAGUAUACAAAGCUUUCCGUGAGAUGUCGUUAUCUUUGGUGUGGCUGUGCUGUGCUGGACUGGAUAGCUUUCUGGAUUAGGUUGCGCAUUUGCCUUUUGCCCCUCACAUUUUAUACAAACUUAAACAAAGGAGCACAUGAAUUGAUAACACAUUUUUGCAGUCUUUCCCAACAAUUGCUCAGAAAGUUCUAUCUUGUGAUGAGGAGGGUAUUUCUGAAAAACUUCCAGGUCUGUAUCAUCUUUCAUUUGCAUGUGGUCAGGAAGUGGAUAGAAGCAGGCCUGAAACUGUCUCCAUUAGAAGACAGGAACCAGGGGGUUGUGCUGCCGUUCUUUGUAGGAGAAAGAAGAGAAGAAAUGGGAGGCUUGUUCUUGCCGCAUCACCAAACCUUUCCAAAUUCUUUGCAAGCUGCCAUCCCGGGAUCUCUCUCUCUUCACAAAGGUGUGCACCUCUUCUGUUCUCCGCGGCAAGGCUUUCCGCGCUCAUUUUGGUCGGCCAUCAUGAGAUCAGAAGCCAACGGCAACGGCGUGGCGUCACCAGACAUGGUCAGCAAGCAUAGCAAGGAGGAGCUCAUUGCUUUCUUCAGAGACAUUCAGACCUCCAUUGCCGAGAGCUCGCCUAAAGCUUCCAAGAGGACGAGGAAGCAGCCACCUGAUCCGUUAAAAGAGGUCCACAGGAGGGAGCAGUCACACGACAGAGGAGACAGCGAUGUUUCAGAGGAACGACAGAGGAAAGUGAUGAAUCUGGAGGACAUGAACGUGGCCGACUUGAGAGAAUUGGCGAGGGCGAGAAGGAUGAGGGGUUACUCCAAGCUAAAGAAGGGCGAGCUCAUUGAUCGGUUGAAAGGGGUUAUGCAAUAAACCUCACUGUCCUAGUGGGAGUCACAAUAGAAAUACUCGUAAUUGUGUGGUGAAGACUAAGAGCAGUUUCGCAGUUGACAUGUUCUUGUUGCCAACUUUUCGAACGUUAUGAUGAGAUUACCAACAGAAAAACGUAUGAUAUUAUGGUAUGUCUUUCAUGCCAUGUGUACUGUACCACUGUUUCUAUAGGGUAAAUUCACAUCGGUAAGAAGAA